GUGGGCAGCAGGGACAAUAGCAGACAUGCUGUGUGGGCUCAACCGGGAGACCCCUGGAGAGGCUGACGAUGGGCCUUACUCCAAAGGAGGCAAGGACGCAGGAGGAGCCGACGGGGCCCUGGCUUGCCGGAGACAGAGCAUUCCAGAGGAGUUCCGAGGGGUCACCGUGGUGGAGCUGAUCAAGAAAGAAGGCAGCACGCUGGGCCUGACCAUCUCAGGUGGCACCGACAAGGACGGGAAGCCCAGGGUCUCCAACCUGAGACCAGGGGGGCUUGCGGCCAGGAGUGACCUGCUCAACGUGGGCGACUACAUUCGGUCAGUGAAUGGCAUCCACCUGACCAGGCUCCGCCACGAUGAGAUCAUCACCCUACUCAAGAAUGUGGGCGAGCGCGUGGUGCUGGAGGUGGAGUAUGAGCUGCCCCCGCCCGCCCCCGAGAACAACCCAGGGAUCAUUUCAAAGACAGUGGAUGUCUCCCUCUACAAGGAGGGCAACAGCUUUGGCUUUGUCCUCAGAGGAGGUGCCCAUGAAGACAGCCACAAGUGUCGCCCGCUUGUCCUGACCUAUGUGCGGCCCGGGGGCCCCGCCGACAGGGAGGGCUCUUUGAAGGUGGGUGACAGGCUGCUCAGCGUUGAUGGGAUCCCCCUGCACGGGGCCAGCCACGCUGCUGCCCUGGCCACUCUGCGGCAGUGUAGCCUAGAGGCCCUCUUCCAGGUGGAGUAUGAUGUGGCCAUUCCAGAUACCGUGGCCAGUGCUUCGGGGCCCUUGAUAGUGGAAAUAACCAAGACGCCAGGGUCCGCCCUGGGGAUCUCACUCACCACCGGCUCCCACCGGAACAAGCCGGUCAUUACCAUUGACCGAGUCAAGCCCGCCAGCGUGGUGGACAGGAGUGGAGCAUUGCAUGCUGGAGACCACAUCCUGUCCAUCGACGGCACCAGCACAGAACACUGCUCGCUGCUUGAGGCCACCAAGCUCUUGGCCAGUGUGUCAGAGAAAGUGCAACUGGAGAUCCUGCCUGCACCCCGAAGUCGGCGGCCCCUGAAGCCCUCAGAGGCAGUGAAGGUGCAGAGAAGUGAGCAACCACAUCGCUGGGACCCCUGUGCGCCCUCCUGCCACAGCCCCCGGCCAGGCCACUAUAGGACACCUGCCUGGGCUACACCUGCUGGCCAAGACCAGAGCCGAUCCUUAUCCUCGACUCCAUUUUCCUCGCCAAUCAUGAACCACACCUUUCCCUGCACCAACCCCAGCACCCUUCCCCGUGGAUCCCAGCCCAUGAGCCCCCGGACCACAAUGGGGCGAAGGAGGCAGCGAAGACGGGAACACAAGAGUUCGUUGUCGCUGGCCUCCAGCACAGUGGGGCCAGGUGGGCAGAUCGUGCACAUGGAGACCACGGAGGUUGUGCUCUGCGGUGAUCCCCUCAGCGGCUUCGGCCUCCAGCUCCAGGGCGGCAUCUUCGCCACUGAGACCUUGUCCUCCCCGCCCCUUGUGCGCUUCAUCGAGCCUGACAGCCCGGCAGAGAGGUGUGGGCUGCUGCAGGUGGGGGACCGUGUUCUGUCCAUCAACGGCAUUGCCACUGAGGAUGGAACAAUGGAGGAGGCCAACCAGCUGCUGCGGGAUGCUGCGCUGGCUCACAAGGUCGUGCUGGAGAUCGAGUUCGACGUGGCCGAGUCUGUCAUCCCGAGUAGCGGCACCUUCCACGUGAAGCUGCCUAAGAGGCGCGGUGUGGAACUGGGCAUCACCAUCAGCUCGGCCAGCAGGAAGCGAGGGGAACCCCUGACCAUCUCUGACAUCAAGAAAGGCAGUGUGGCACACAGGACUGGUACCCUCGAGCCAGGCGACAAGCUGCUGGCCAUCGACAAUAUCCGCCUUGACAACUGUGCCAUGGAGGAUGCCGUGCAGAUCCUGCGGCAGUGUGAGGACCUGGUGAAGCUGAAGAUCCGAAAGGACGAGGACAACUCUGAUGAGCAGGAGACGACAGGUGCCAUCAGCUAUACAGUGGAGCUGAAACGCUACGGGGGCCCCCUGGGCAUCACCAUCUCGGGCACGGAGGAGCCUUUUGAUCCCAUUGUCAUCUCAGGCCUCACCAAGCGUGGUCUGGCUGAGAGGACUGGCGCUAUCCACGUUGGGGACCGUAUCUUGGCCAUCAACAGCGUUAGCCUCAAGGGCCGGCCACUGAGUGAGGCCAUCCACCUCCUGCAGGUGGCUGGCGAGACCGUCACACUGAAGAUCAAGAAGCAGCUAGACCGCCCACUCCCACCCCACAAGUCAGGCAGCUUCAGUGAGCCCAGCGACGCGGAUGAGGACCCAGCAGAGGCGCUCAAAGGAGGACAGCUGACAGCCCGGUUCUUGCCCGCCGUGCCCAGUGUGGACAGCGCCAUGGAGUCCUGGGACAGCUCGGCCACAGAGAGUGGCUUUGGGGGCCCAGGUUCCUACACUCCACAGAUGACAGCCCGGGGUGUGAACCCCCUGGAGUGGCAGCCCAGCCGGCUGAGAAGCAGCCCCCCACCCACCGAGCCCCGGAGGACGAGCUAUACCCCAACCCCCACUGACAAGAGCUUCCCUGAGGAGGAGGAAGAGGAGGAGGAUUGGGAGCAACCAACUAGCCCGGCCCCCGGCCCUGCCCACAAGGAGGGCUUCUGGCGUGUGUUUGGGGAAGCUCUUGAAGACCUGGAGUCGUGUGGUCAGUCAGAGCUGCUGAGGGAACUGGAGGCAUCCAUCAUGACGGGCACCGUGCAGACCAUGGCCCUUGAGGGCAGGCCUGGCCACCGGCCCUGGCAGAGGGGCCGGGAGGUACGUUCUUCCCCUGAAGAGGUGCAGGAGCUACUGCUGCCGACACCCUUGGAGAUGCACAAGGUGACCCUGCACAAAGACCCCAUGAGGAAUGACUUUGGUUUCAGCGUCUCAGAUGGUCUCUUGGAGAAGGGUGUCUAUGUCCACACUGUGCGCCCUGAUGGGCCGGCCCAGCGUGGGGGCCUCCAGCCCUUCGACAGGGUCCUCCAGGUCAACCACAUUCGCACGCGGGACUUCGACUGCUGCCUGGUGGUGCCGCUCCUGGCUGAGGCGGGCAACAUGCUGGAGCUGGUCAUCAGCCGCAACCCACUGGCACAGAGCAGCCGGACCCCACGGGCACCAGGCCCCAGCAGCCCGCGGAUGCUCUGA